UGUACACGGAACUGUCAAAAGUAACAAGUUUUUGUGAAGGAACAAUUUCUUUUUACGAACAUAAAUACUUUUUUUAUUUAUCGGCUAAACAUAUAAAAGUGUAUAAAUUUUAGUUAGGAUUUAAAUAAUGUCGCUACGUUUUCAAACCAUGUAAACUAUUUUACCUUUUAUCGCUAUCUGAAUAUACAAAAUUACAUUCCCAAUCAAUGAUCUGAAUCAUAAUGAAAGUGUACGUAGAAUAACUAGGAAUAGUUGAAGUGUGAAGUAGUGGCCUAUAAUAGUAUAAUUACCUAUAAAAGUACUGCGCCACUUCUUUGAAAUGGCCGAAAAUUCUUCUUUUGUUGCGAAGCCGGCAAGAGGAUGGCUACAUCCAGACUCAAUUCUAGCCACAGAUGGAGUUACUUAUGCUGUCAGAUACAUAGGGUGUAUGGAAGUAUUAACGUCGAUGAAAAAGUUGGAUUUCGAUACAAGAUCUCAAGUUGCUAAGGAAUGCAUUGCCCGAGUUUGUGCUGCAGCAGGUCUAAGAUCAGCUGAUAAAAAACGUCGAAUUAGCCAAGCUGCAGCCUGUGCUCUGGCCGCUAAGCCACGGAUGUCACAUUCUGGUUCAAAUGUUGCACUAACAAUCUCCUCAAAAGCUAUAACCAUAGCUGCUCUUGAAGGAGGAGAAACAAUCGCACGUCACGAAAUGCCAAGAGUAUCGUUUGCUUCUGGUGGUGACUCUGAUUCUUUAGACUUCGUUGCAUAUGUAGCGAAGACAGCACCACCUACAGAAUGGAGAGCUUGUUAUGUGCUAGAAUGUGGUGGCCAGCUGGCCCAAGAUGUAAUUUCUACUGUUGGACAAGCAUUCGAGUUGCGGUUCAAAGAGUUCUUAACGAAACCUUCAUCGGUGAACGUUAACGGUUCCCGUGCGUUGUGCACUGAAGAGGCGGUGCAGGGCGCGAUCGGGGGCAUUAUAGACGAGCGCGACUACUACAACGACUUGCCCGACAAGAUCCCGCCCGAAGCCACGCCCUCGUACCGACACCCUCCGCCGCCCCCGCUUGCCUCCCUCGCACCAAUAUCAUCUUGCGAGGAGAGCGUGCGGCACUACGUGAACCAGACUCCGCCUCCGCGCACUCCGCCCACCGCGCUGCUACCCAACCACAACACUGAUAUAUUUGAUAUGCAGCCAUUCACAGCUGCACCAGUCACGUCUCCAUCGUCGUCGUCACCGUCGUGGUCGUGUGGCGGGACAGGGGCGGGGGGUGCUGCGGGGCAGGCGGGGGCAGUUGUAGGUCCGGGCAUACCACUGUCGGAGGCGACGGGCGAACCACUGUCGAGUGCCGCGCAGGCCGCGCUGCUCGCCACCGAACCCUGGUUCCACGGACCCAUAUCCAGAACAACAGCAGAAAAGCUGGUUGUGGAGGACGGAGAGUUCCUGGUGCGGGAGUCAGCAGCGUGCCCCGGACAGUUUGUGCUGACAGGCGCGCGACGCGGACACCACAAACACCUCCUACUCGUCGACCCCAAUGGAGUCGUAAGAACGAAAGACCGUAUAUUCGAGAGCGUGCCGCACCUGAUCAACUUCCACUGCAGCAAUGAGCUGCCCAUCGUGUCCGCGGACUCCGCGCUGUUGCUGCGCCGCCCUGUGCCUCGCCCCGCCCCUUGAGCGCAUCGCCACACCCCUGUACUACGCUCCGCCCCCUAAUCGGUGCGCCACACCUCGUGACCCACCGUGACAUAUAAUUGAGUAUGAAAUAUUAUAUUUUUACUUUGAAGUGCACGUUGUAAAGAACAUGCACACAAUCAUACAGUUUAGUUAUAUAUUUAUCUAUAUACAUAUUACAUAAUUUGAGCACAUAGAGCAUCAUGUGUUUUUGUGUAGAAGACAAGACUCAUAUAAUUACACAAAUACAUUUGUAAAGAAUCUUAUUUGUUCAAAUAGAAUGAGAUAAAUGUUUUUAUACAUAUGUAUCGGCAGUGAAAACUCAUCAUACUACUAUAAACACUAAACUGCAUUUAGUAGCACAUUGUAGUGCCUUUUGUGUAAUAUAAAGCUUACAUUUUAAUCUUUUUAUGCCAUUAUAUGUACUAAAAAACAAAGACAUUUAUACUCUUUUAUAGUUUUUUUGCUCGCGUUCAAUGUAUUUUUAAGAUAAAUCUGUAAUUUUAAUCAAUGAAUUCAUGUUAUUUGCACCAAUCAAUGAACAAAAAUAAAAAUUUUGGAAUUAGAGAACAAUUUUAUAAUAAGAAGUAACAUCUGUUUAUGUAUAUCCAUAAGUUUCCACUGUCGAAAAACAUAUUAUCCUAAUAAUUUCUUUUAGAUAACAUGUUUUUCGUGUGUUGCUACAAUGAAAACUCUUUACUCUCAAACUUGAAUAAAACAUGUAGGGAAAAGUCAAUGGGACGGAGGAUUGAAAAGAAAUUUUUUAUUGUAGAAUUAUGGGACAAGGAUGGAAGAGCUACGACAGUUUUUAAGCCAAAAGAUUUUUAUAUAGAAAGGCGCUUUAAACAUAUUUAUAUAAAAGAAAAAAAAACUUAUUGUAUUUCAUCACUUUUGGCCAAAUUUACGUAUACGAUAUUAAGAAAAUGUUUGAAAAUGAAAGUCAAUCAAAGUAAAAGUUAAAGUAACGCAGGAAUUGAGGAAACGCCAAUUUACCCGAUGAAUCUAAGUUUUAUAAAAGCUUUAAAUAUUGCUGUGCAAUUUUAUACCAAAAUAUAUGUUGCUAUAGACAGAAUAUUGUCAACUGUAUAGCGUGACCCAAAAUUCAACGAUAAACCGAUUAUGGUGUAUAGCCAGAUAACUACAUGGGGAAAAAUACAAAAAAAAUCCAACUCUUUUUGUUUAAAAUUUUCAUUAACUUUGGUAUACAUCAGUACCGGUUUAUCGUUGAAUUUUGGGACACGCUGUAUAUAUUUUUUUAUAUUUUAUUCAUUCCAAUGUGGUUUAUAUUGAAAUAUUUAUAUUAAAGCUCUCUGUGUGCAUUAACACUGUCAUUAAUUGUCACUAAAUUAGUGGCUAUUGAUGUACGCGUACAUCACCCCGCGUCGGACGCACCGUACGCACGGCCCGCAACGGAUUUUAGUUUGCUUUGUUAUUAUACAUAACGCUGCGUCAUUAAUAGGCGCCGUUCGGAUCGUAAGACGGCAUUUAUCAACACGCAAUCCGUUGCGGUCCGUGCGUGCGGUGUGUCUGUCGAGGGCCGAUGGGCACUUACCUUUUGUAGCCAUGAGAUGAUUAUCAAUGCGGCAGUUUAACUGUUAGGUUUGAAACGAAUAGGUGCUAAUAAAGCUUACUUAAUAUUUAAUUCCCAUAUGUAAAAACAUAUAUGUUUAUACUAGAUUUUAAGAUAUCACAAUUUAAGUUUUCAUUUAGUAAUAUAAGACUGCUUAUUAUAUAGAAAGCCUGUAUCUAUUCCUACCAAUAUCAUUACGUUUAAGCAAUUAUUGUGUCAUUUUAAACGCUUUAACAAAUUUACUUUUAUUAUUGUAAUAGCUAAUUCGAUUUGACUAAAUUAAUAAUAAUUUAGUAUGUGAUAAGCACAAAGUUAAAUCUUAGGCUAGUUUAUAUAGAUAUGCAAAUUAUGUUGA